ACGUCUGGAUUGGUCGACGUAAAAAGUUGUCAUAUUUGUCUUGAAAAUUUGUGUAAAUGCUAAAAAAUUAUCUUCAAUAACUGAACGUGUUCCGUCUGCUUAAUCCCAUUAAAAUCUUAAAUUAAUUUAAGCAAAGAUGAGCGUGUUCGACAGCAUAAAUAAUAUAUUCUUCUACUUUGUUAUGGUUGUUUAUAUGUUCUAUAAUCCAACAGACAGUGGAGCAGUACAGCUAAAAACAGAUAAUUUGGAUAUGACCUUAGCUUCAAAUGAAUUAGUUUUUAUAAACUUCUAUGCCGAAUGGUGUAGGUUUAGUAAUUUAUUGCAACCAAUUUUCGAUGAGGCCGCUGAUAAGGUUAAACAAGAUUUCCCCGAAGCCGGCAAGGUGGUCAUGGGCAAAGUUGAUUGUGAUCAAGAAUCAUCGGUCGCGUCCCGUUUUCACAUCAGCAAGUACCCAACACUGAAAAUCAUUCGCAACGGUCAGCCGACCAAACGGGAAUAUCGUGGUGCGAGAACCGUCGAAGCAUUUGCCGAAUUCGUUAAGAAACAAUUAGAAGAUCCCAUCAAAGAAUUCCAUUCGUUGAAAGACUUGGAACAGUUGGAUUCGACUAAACGGAUCAUUGUCGGAUACUUCGAUCGACGGGAUCAGCCGGAAUACAAUACAUUCCGACGGGCCGCAAUGAAUUUGAAAGAAGAAUGUCAAUUCCAUGCUGGUUUUGGUGACGCAGUGGCUCAAAUGCAUCCACCCGGUACAGCUAUUGUCGUUUUUCGUCCGGAUGUUGCUCUAUCCGACGAGAAUGAUGAAUUGUUCAAGGGCAGCUUGAGCAACAUUGAUGAGUUAAGUGUUUGGGCUCAACAAAAAUGUGUACCGCUUGUGAGAGAAAUUACAUUCGAAAAUGCAGAAGAACUCACCGAAGAAGGCUUACCAUUCCUCAUACUAUUCCAUUCACCCGACGAUGUCCAAUCGAUCAAGGAUUACAAAACAAUCGUCGAAACUCAGCUGAUAGGCGAGAAACAAAAUAUUAACUUCCUCACCGCUGAUGGCAAAAAGUUCGCUCAUCCGUUACAUCAUCUAGGAAAAUCUUCGUCCGAUUUACCGUUGAUCGCUAUCGACUCAUUCCGGCACAUGUAUCUGUUCCCACGAUUCAAGGACAUGUACACACCCGGCAAAUUGAAGAGUUUCUUGAAUGAUUUGUACAGCGGCAAACUUCAUCGUGAAUUCCAUUACGGUCCUGAAUCGGAUGACUCGGAUGCGAGCAAUGAUGUCGUAUCGAAAACUGCUCCACCGCCUGAAUCAGCGUUCCAAAAAUUGGCCCCAUCCAACAAACGUUACACGCUUUUACGAGAUGAAUUGUAAUUUUCAUUUUGUUUUCUUUCCAAUUCUUCUUCUUUGAAUUUUUCAUAAUUUUUUUUUUCUUGAAAAUUUUCUCUUUUUGGUUUUUCUCCUUAAAAUUACAUUGAAUUUUCAUACGAAGGCCGAGGCUAAAAUAUGUUUCUUGUUCGAGAAUGAGCUUUCAUUGGAUUUCAUUUAGAAGGAAAACAGGCUUUAAAGACUAGAACAAUUAUUUAAAGAUUAAAAAAAUGCAAAAAAAAAUGUUCGAUGUUGAUAUUCGAAUGGGAAAUAAAUUUUUGCUUUCAUUUUGCUAUUCUGAGCGACAUAUUUUAGCCUCGGACAUUCGAUAUUUGCAGCAAACAAAAAAAUUUUAUUAGAAAAACUACGAAGCUAAAACAAACGAAUAGUUAAAAAUUUCCCUUUUCUUUAUUAAUUUUUUAGCUAAACGAAAGUGAAGAUGAUGCAUGAUGAGUAAAGUGUACAAAUGGAAAAAUUGUAUUUAUUUUGGUGACCAAAAAAAGUAUUCUUUGUGACCAAAA